AUGGAUAGGCGUCUCCUAGAAGCAGCAGCAACUGGAGACGCAGCAAUGCAGGACCUGGCUUCACAUGAGCCAGCAGUGCUUGUUGGAACCACGCCACAGGGGAACACCUGCCUCCACAUCGCCUCCAUCCAUGGCCACCAGGGGUUCUGCGAGCAUGUCCUGACGACGUUCAACCAGUAUCUUCCUCUACUCAACACCAUCAACGCCGAUGGCGAGACGCCGCUGCUCACCGCCGUGGCUAGGGGCCGUGCCACUUUAGCUUCUGUUUUACUUAGGUUCUGCCGUGAACAGCCGAGCGAGACGAUCCGGAGGCAAGACAGGCGCGGAUUCAACGCACUGCACCAUGCCAUCUGCAGCGGACACAGGAAGCUCGCACUCGAGUUGAUAGAAGCAGAGCCUGCCCUGGCAGAUGCUGUGAACAAUUGUAACGAGUCACCCAUGUACACCGCGGUGAUGAGAAAUUAUGGGGACGUCUUGGAGAAACUAUUGAAGAUUCCUCAUGCAGCUCAUGGGGGAGCCCAUGGGUGCAAUGCUCUGCAUGCUGCCGUGACAAGUGGUAAUGCAGUUAUGGCUAAAAGGGUUAUGGAGGCACGUCCAUGGCUAGCCAGACAAGAAAAUGAAGAUGAGCGUACACCGAUGUACCUGGCUGCAAAGGAGAACAAGAUUGACAUACUUACAGUAUUGUUGGAACAUGACCCGUCUUCGUGUCAUUUAAUCUCCACAGAUGGCUCCUCUCUUCUUUGUAUCGCAGCAACUAAGGGCAAUGUUGGUGUUGCUCGAGAGCUUCUUAGACAUUGUCCUGAUCCUCCCUACUGCAACGCAACCGGCUCGACAUGUCUUCACAUAGCUGUAUCAUCUGGUCGGUCAAAUUUUGUGAGGUUUGUCGUGAGGUCACCACAACUUCAGCAUCUUAUUAACCUGCCCAAUGAAAGAGGAGAAACUGCUCUGCAACUGGCAGAGAGAAUCAUGCAAGAAGGUGACGGAGGAGAAAGACGACAAACUAUGAUGAGCAUGAUCGCUGUUUUACAGUUCCACCUUAAUUUAAGUAUCCAUGCAGAGCCUUUCACGUCGAGAGAAUCAUGCAAGAAGUUGAAGGAGAUGGACCGACUCCUGGAAGCAGCAGUAUCUGGUUAUCUCCCAGGAAUCAGGCACCUGGAUGCGCAUGGCGUGCUGCUUGCAACCACUCCUCGGGGGAACACAUGCCUCCACAUCGCCGCCAUCCAUGGCCACGAGAGGUUCUGCAUGGAGGUCCAGGCUCUGAAGCCGUCACUCCUCGCCACCGUCAACUCGGACGGCGAGACCCCUCUGCUCACCGCCGUGGCGAGCGGCCGUGUCACUCUAGCUUCUGCUUUGCUCGAGUGGUGCCAUAAUAAGCAGCUGAGCCAGGCAAUCCUGGUGCAAGACAAUCGAGGGAACAAUGCACUGCACCAUGCCAUCCGAAGCGGCUACACGCAACUUGCUCUGGACCUGGUAGCAGCGGAGCCUGCUUUGUCCAAAGCUGUGAACCAAUACGGCGAGUCACCCAUGUUCAUCGCGGUGAUGAGAAAUUACAGGGAUGUCUUCGAGAGUCUGUGUGUGAUUCCUGAUUCUGCUCAUGGGGGAGUCGAUGGCGAGAAUGCUCUUCAUGCUGCCGUGAGAAAUGGCAAUUCAGCUAUCGCUGAAAGGAUUAUGCAGACACGUCCUGCGCUCGCAGCAACAGGAGACAAUAGCAUAACAACGGCCACUCCACUGCACCUGGCUGUACUUUGGAACAAGAUUGACGUGCUAAGAGUACUGUUGGAACAUGAUCGGUCUUUAGGUUAUGUAUUCUCCUCACAGGGUACCCCUCUUCUUGUUUCUGCUGCACAUAGAGGCCAUGUCGGUGUUGCCCGAAAGCUUCUUCAACAUUGUCCAGAUGCGCCCUUUACUACAAGACAUGGCUCCAGGACAUGUCUGCACCAAGCUGUAUCGAAAGGACAGAUGGAGUUCGUAGAUUUUGUCCUGGGUUUGCCACAAUUUGGUAGACUCAUUAACAUGCGAGAUGAACACGGCCAUACUGCUCUGCACCUCGCAGUCCGAGAGUGCAAUCCCAAGAUGGUGGCUGCUUUACUGCUUCACCCAGACAUAGACGUCACAGUGCUUAACAACGGGGGAAUCUCAGCAAUCUGGAAAUUAGAUGGUGCAGCCGACAAUUCCAAGACAUUAAACUGGAAUGAAGUUUCCAUGCUUAUGUUGAAUGCUGAUCCUCAAGCCGCAACAAAUAUUUAUAACCUCCGCAGGCAAGCCCAUGCUGAAGUGACAAAAAGAACAAGGAAGGAUAUCAAGUCACUGACUCAAACAUACACAGGCAACACUUCCCUAGUAGCGAUCCUCAUUGCAACAAUCACUUUUGCUGCUGCUUUCACUUUGCCUGGAGGAUAUAGCACUGAUCAUGAAAACGAGGGGCUUCCUAUCAUGGCAAGGAAGUUCGCAUUUAAGGCAUUCUUGGUCUCUGACACCUUGGCAAUGUGCUCCUCACUUGCUGUUGCCUUCAUAUGCGUCAUAGCAAGGUUGGAGGAUCUUGAGUUCUUGCUUUACUACAGGUCUUUUACAAAGAAGCUCAUGUGGUUUGCUUACAUGGCAACCACCACAGCAUUCGCUACUGGUUUAUACACUGUUCUGGCUCCUCGACUCCCAUGGCUGGCUAUUGCGAUCUGCAUUCUCACAUCUUUGCUGCCCAUUCUUACUAAGCUUCUUGGUGAAUGGCCCGUAUUGAGACUGAGAUUUCGGUUGGGUCGGACAUUCAAUUCGGAGCUCCUUGAUAUGGUCUAG